UAAAUAAUAAUAAUUAUUAUUAUUACAGUUUUAAAUAGUCAUUAACAAACUUUACUUAAUUGCAUGAGCGUAACAUAUUUUAAAAACCACGAAAACUCCUGUGAAAAGAGCUUGCUACAUUGAUCAACCAGCCCCACUGCUAUUGAUUUUACUGAGACUGGUAGGUACGGUUUACCAUGUUUACUGUGCUUUACAGCUAAACCUUUCUGACAAGCUUUACAUGUUUCUCUCUUCGUCCAGAGCAGAAAUGAGUGACCAUCUCCUCAACACACUGGCCGUCAUAUGGGCCUGUUUUAUAAACUAUAUUCAGAUAAAAGACAAGAAAUCCAGAAGCUGAAGGGUUCCUAUGCAGUUUGGAAACGUAUGGGGAAAAAAGAAAGCAGAGAGAUACCAGACUUUCAACCAGACCAUCACCUGCUCAGGAUUCUCAAUGCGUCGUCCAAUAAGAGACUUCAUUAUGUUGCUGUAGAAGGAUUGGUGCAGGCCACCGGAGAGCCCAUUUCCAGCCAGUUCGUUCCACGCCGUCAUCCAGAAGACAACCGUGCACGAGCACUGGAAAUACUGGAACUCUCUUCUAAAAACCUGGUAAAUGCUUCACUGCCAAUCUUUUGGCUUGUUUAGGCAAUAGGAUAGGAAAAAACAUGUUGUUGAAGCAUAUUAAAUCACUUACAGCAAAUUGGGAUUCAAUGCCGUGUGUUAAACUGGUUUGUAUCCUAUUUAAAGGAUCGAACCUUCUCUGUAGAGACUGGCAAAUAUUCAUCAUCUUGUGCACCAGUUUUUUAUGGGGUUCCACAGGGCUCAAUUUUGGGUCCUAUUCUAUUCUCUUUAUACAUGCUUCCUUUGUAUGAUAUAUUUAAGUUCCCUAAAAUAUAGAAAAAAUGUCUAUGACCAUAAGCAAUUAUGGAACAAGUUACCACCCUAUAUAAGAACUGCACCAACAUAUGCUGAUUUUAAGUCUCUUCUUAAAACUUAUUUAUUUACUGUUGCUUAUGGUCAUAAGCGCAGUGGCAUAACUUUAGUGUACUAUCUGUCGCUGUGUUCUAUGUUUACUUUUGUAUUUCGUUAUAUGCUUAAUCUUGUACAGCACGUUGG